UUGAGUCUUGUUUAGCAAAACUCAUACUGAGGGGCUGGCAGAGUGGUUCAAGUGUUAAGAGGGCCUGCCUUGCAAGCAUGAGGCUCUGAAUUCAAAUCCCUGUGCUACCUAUAUGUAUACAUAUAUACAUAAAAUUCAAAUAUAUGUCAUGCUGAAAAAAUAGCAGCUGGGGAUUUGGCAGUGAAUGGCUGUACCCAGGGGCGUUAGCCCCUCUAGUGUCACUGGGCCUUUUUGAGGGAUGAGACUGCUUUGUGGAGGUAACCUCCAGGAAAUGUAGCUUCAGUUGCAAAAUGAGCCUUAUGUUUUAAUUUUGCUUGGGAGUCUGGAGGUUUAUGAACCUGGGUUUGGAAAGGUGGCUUGGUUCAGGGGGCGUUAAGGUCCGUAUGGAUCUGGGAGCCAGCAAGUCGAUGCAGUUCACAGCCUAGUCAUAGCAAAUAUUCAAUAAAUGCUUGUUGGAACAACUUACUUAGUUAAGAGAACUUUGCUGGCAUUUACUAUAUGAAUUGGGCACUGUGUAUAAAAUGUCAGUGAGCAAGAGACAAAGAUCCCUAUUCUAGUGAAGUUUAUAUUCUAAUAACUUAGUAAAUGAAGUAUAUAGAGCAUAUUAGAAGGUGACAGGUGCUUUGGAAAAGAGAAAAGAUAGAGUGCUGCAGGUGAGUUGGCCAAAGAAGGAUGGAGCUGGAAGUUUAAGUUAGUGUCUUCCACUUUGUGGUCUAGUUGGUGCUGUGAUGGACAAUGGGGUGGACCGAUUUAUAGACUUGGGUCCCAGUUCUGGACAGGAGCCCUGUUCUGAGCAUCUUUUUGUUCCUGAGCAACUGCUUUGCCAUCUACUGGCCCUGUGAUCUUUGAUGCUAACCUCUCUGACCCUCAGCUGCUUGGUGGUUUUAGGGGGUCUUUAGGUCUGAGCUUCUUUUUUAAAGUUUUGCUUUACAGAAGCAUUUCUAUUACUGGGGUUAUACCUCAGUGGUAGAGGGUACUUUUUCCAGUCCCAGAUUCCAUUGCAAGCACUGUGGGGUGAAGGUUUGAGGGGGUGAUGGAAGUGCUUUUCACACUGUACAGUAUGUCCAAAGCUCCGGUUCUGGUGGUGUGGUAUGUAACAGUGAUGGAAGAGCCAAGCCUUCCUUGUUUUGUUUGUUUUUGUUAAAUGUGUUUCCAAAUGCCUUACUCCUAGCAGUUCUGGGGCUUGAAUUUAGGGCUGCCUGCUUUCUAGGCAGGCACUCCACCGCCUGCGCCAUUCCUCCAGCCCUCGUUCUUGUUUUGCAAGUUAGCAGGACGGCAACCGGAAUAAAUCUAACUGCCUCACAUUAGCAUGGAAAGAGGACACCUGGAGAAGGUAUCAGAGUGGACAACAAACACUUAAAGACAUAAAAGAGUGACAUUUGACUGGCAGAGCACAUCUGCCUAGGAGGCCUGAGGUCCUGUGUUUAAAAAAAGAAAAAAAAGAAGAGUGACAGUUGUCUUUGGCUGCAGCCAGCAGAAACGGAUCAAUACACAGAAACUUCAGGAAAACCAAUGAGAAGCAGACUCCAGAGGGAUGCAGGAGCUCCUGGGAAGGUGCAGGUUCCUUGCCAGAAGCUCUGCUCCCUACAGACCACCAUAGCAGCCUGUCACCAUCAGCUGUCAGUGGAGAAUGAGAGUUCUGGCUGUCUCCUGUGAGCCACUUUGAGUCAGAGGUGAGACUAGGCCAGAAUGGGGGACUCCAGGGACCUCUGCCCUCACUUGGACUCCAUAGGGGAGGUGACGAAAGAGGACUUGCUGCUGAAAUCCAAGGGCACCUGCCAGUCAUGUGGUGUUGCUGGACCCAACCUGUGGGCCUGUCUCCAGGUCACCUGCCCCUACGUUGGCUGCGGAGAAUCCUUUGCUGACCACAGCACCAUUCAUGCACAGGCAAAAAAGCACCACCUGACUGUGAACCUGACCACAUUCAGAGUGUGGUGCUAUGCCUGUGAGCGGGAGGUGUUCCUGGAGCAGCGGCUGGCAGCCCACACACCCGGCUCCUCACCCAAGUUCUCAGAGCAGCUCUGGUCUUUAAUGCAGGACUCCCCACCACCAUCCCACCCUCUGAAAGCUGUUCCUAUUGCUGUGGCUGAUGAAGGAGAGUCUGAGUCAGAAGAUGAUGACCUGAAGCCUCGAGGUCUCACAGGCAUGAAGAACCUCGGGAACUCCUGCUAUAUGAAUGCCGCCCUGCAGGCUCUGUCCAACUGUCCCCCACUGACCCAGUUCUUCCUGGAGUGUGGAGGCCUGGUACGCACAGACAAGAAGCCAGCCCUGUGCAAAAGCUAUCAGAAACUGGUCUCUGAGGUCUGGCACAAGAAACGGCCGAGCUAUGUGGUUCCCACCAGCCUGUCUCACGGGAUCAAGUUGGUUAACCCAAUGUUUCGAGGCUAUGCUCAGCAGGACACUCAGGAGUUCCUGCGCUGCUUGAUGGACCAGCUGCAUGAGGAGCUCAAGGAGCCGGCCGUGGCAGCUGUGGCAGCAUUAACAGAGGCACGGGACUCAGAUUCCAGUGACACAGAUGAGAAGCGGGAGGGUGACCGGAGCCCAUCGGAGGAUGAGUUUCUGUCCUGUGACUCGAGUAGUGACCGGGGUGAGGGUGAUGGGCAGGGGCGUGGUGGGAGCAGCUCACCAGCGGAGACAGAGCUGCUAAUUCCAGAAGAGGCAGGCCGUGCCAUUUCUGAGAAGGAGCGCAUGAAGGACCGCAAGUUCUCCUGGGGCCAGCAACGCACUAACUCAGAGCAAGUGGAUGAGGACGCUGAUGUGGACACCGCCAUGGCUGUCCUUGACCAGCCCUCUGAGGCCCAGCCACCAUCGCCACGGUCCACCAGCCCCUGCCAGACCCCAGAGCCAGACAACGAUGCUCAUAUCCGCAGCUCCUCUCGCCCCUGCAGCCCUGUCCACCACCAUGAGGGCCAUGUCAAGCUGUCCAGCAGCCCUCCUCGUGCAAGCCCUGUGAGGAUGGGGCCAUCGUAUGUGCUCAAGAAAGCCCAGAUGCUGAGUGCUGGCGGCCGGAGACGGAAGGAGCAGCGCUACCGCAGUGUCAUCUCAGACAUCUUUAAUGGCUCUGUCCUCAGCCUUGUGCAGUGUCUCACCUGUGACCGGGUAUCCACCACAGUGGAGACAUUCCAGGACCUGUCAUUGCCCAUCCCUGGAAAGGAAGACCUGGCCAAGCUCCACUCAGCCAUCUACCAAAAUGUUCCAGCCAAGCCAGGGGCCUGUGGGGACAGCUAUGCCACCCAGGGCUGGCUGGCCUUCAUUGUGGAGUACAUCCGACGGUUUGUGGUGUCUUGCACCCCCAGCUGGUUCUGGGGGCCUGUUGUCACGCUGGAAGACUGCCUUACUGCCUUCUUUGCUGCUGAUGAACUGAAGGGUGACAACAUGUACAGCUGUGAGCGGUGUAAGAAGCUUCGGAAUGGUGUGAAGUACUGCAAAGUCCUGCGGCUGCCUGAGAUCCUGUGCAUCCACCUGAAGCGCUUCCGGCAUGAGGUGACGUACUCCUUCAAGAUCAACAGCCAUGUCUCCUUCCCCCUCGAGGGUCUCGACCUGCGCCCCUUCCUGGCCAAGGAGUGCACAUCUCAGAUCACCACCUACGACCUUCUCUCUGUCAUUUGCCACCAUGGCACAGCAGGCAGUGGCCAUUACAUUGCCUACUGCCAGAAUGUGAUCAAUGGGCAAUGGUACGAAUUUGACGACCAGUAUGUCACCGAGGUCCAUGAGACAGUGGUGCAGAAUGCCGAGGCCUACGUAUUGUUCUACAGGAAGAGCAGUGAGGAGGCCGUGCGUGAGCGGCAGCAGGUGGUGUCCCUGGCUGCCAUGCGGGAGCCCAGCUUGCUCCGGUUCUACGUGUCCCGAGAAUGGCUCAAUAAGUUCAACACCUUCGCAGAGCCAGGGCCUGUCACCAACCACACCUUCCUGUGCUCCCAUGGAGGAAUCCCACCCAACAAAUACCACUACAUCGAUGACCUGGUGGUUAUCCUGCCCCAGAAUGUCUGGGAGCACCUCUAUAACAGGUUUGGGGGUGGCCCUGCUGUGAACCAUCUGUACGUGUGCUCCAUCUGCCAGGUGGAGAUUGAGGCACUGGCCAAGCGCAGGAGGGUUGAGAUCGACACCUUCAUCAAGCUGAACAAGGCAUUCCAGGCUGAGGAGUCGCCCGGAGUCAUCUACUGCAUCAGCAUGCAGUGGUUCCGUGAAUGGGAGGCCUUCGUCAAGGGGAAGGACAACGAGCCUCCCGGGCCCAUCGAUAACAGCAGAAUUGUGCAGGUCAGAGGCAGUGGCCACAUCCAGCUGAAGCAGGGGGCUGACUACGGGCAGAUUUCUGAGGAGACCUGGACCUACCUGAACAACCUAUACGGGGGCGGCCCAGAGAUUGCCAUCCGGCAGAGUGUGGCCCAGCUCCCGGAUGCAGAGAGCUUACAUGGAGAGCAGAAGAUCGAAGCUGAGACCCGUGCCGUGUGACUUGGUGGGACAGGUUGUGAGUCUUUGUGGCCAGGCCCUUCCUCCUUUUCCGGACAGCCCCUCUCGUUCUUCUGAAGACCCGCCCUGCUGACUGCCCACUGUCCCUGCAGGCCCCCAGGGGAGCACAGACUUGCAGAGGCAGCAUGGGGGGCCAGCUCGCAGUGAGCGACACUGCUGUAGGAAAUACACCCUCUGCAGGCUUGUUUCCACCACCAGGACUCUGUGACAUGAAUUGAAUCUUCAUCCUAGCUGUGCCCACUCAGUCACUGUCAUCCUUGUGUUCCCUAGACCUGCCCUCUUGCUAGCUCAGGCCUAGCUUUUGUCCUUGGAGCCCCUUGCCACCCUCAGUCAGGCCUACGACAGAGGGUUGGGAGUGGCUGCUGCCUCACAGGGGCCCCAAGACCCACAGAAGAAGAUGACCACAGCUGGUGAGCAGAGGGGCUCCUGUCUGGCCUUGUUGGUGGCCCCCUCACCCCUGUAUCUCCUGGUGUCACCAGGAGGCUCCUGGAGGCCCAGGCUGCUCUGUUUGUGGACCACAGACGCUGGACUCGCUGUGGUUGGGAUGGGGAGGGUAGAUUUCUGCAGUAGGGGAUGUCUCAAGGCAGUGGUCCUCCCACGGCCAUGUCCUGCUGAGCCUGCCCGAGGACUGCCUCACACUUAGUUUAUCAGUCUGCCUCACCGAUGGAAGCCGGAUGGUGAAACAAAAUACCUCGUGUGUCAUUUGCUGCUAGCACAGCUUCCCAUGGCCUAGAGCACUGCAUCCUUCCCCAGCCUGCUGUCUGUGGCCCUCCAGGGAGGGGUGGGCUGCGGCCACUGCCCAAGCUCUGGGACCUACUGAGCCUAGCAAGACCAAGUCUUGUUUCUGGAGACAGGGCCCCAGGACAGAACAGCUGGGGUGAGGUGUUCCCUGCAUCUGGCUCAAGGCAAAGGGCUGGAGUCAGAGGGGUCCUGGAACAAAGCCCCAAACGUCUGUGGCCUUCAUUCUCAGCAGAGUGGUGUGUGUGGAAGUUCCAAAGCCUCACUCACUGCUGGGGCGUCUGGUCCCAGGUCUGCUCCUUCCUGCUGACCACCAAGAGGCCCCAUGUGGGUAGAAGAACAGCUGCUGCUGGGACUUGUCACAGGGGCCAUGGUCUUUUGGAAGCUGCUGUUGCAACCAUUGUGACCCUGCCACAGAGCCUGCAGGCCAGUGUUGCACUUUUGGAAGUAGGAUCCAUUGUUGAGGUUGUAAUCUGACCCCGUGUCCCUCUGUGCAGUCUGGUUUGUGUUCAGGAUACCUUAAUAAACACAGUGUGUCCCCCACAGCCCACACUGUUACCUCUGCCUUGGCUAUAGUCCUGUUAACUGCUCUCUACCGUCAUGGGGGCGGGGCCCGUA